ACGUGGUGAAGGAACUGUGUCCAAACAAACCAACUAGCUAAACUCAGCUUAUCUAAAUAAUAAUAAAAAAAAUGUGUCUUUCUCAAUCUUUUCGUGAUUAGAGACAUUUGUCUUUAAAAAAAAUGGAUAUGUUUAAUAAACUGACGAGUCUUUUCCAGCAGGCCCUGGAAACAAGAGAGCCUUCAGUAAAUCUGCUCGAGUCUUUCGUCGACCAUUGGAAAGGAAUAACAAACUACUACAUAGAAACUACAGAUGAGGCGAAGCCGGUGAAGCAGACGGACAUCCCAUGGAGGCUCAAGCAGAUGCUGGACAUCCUGGUGUAUGAGGAGCAACAGCAGGAGGUGGAGGAGACGGGGCCCUGCAUGGAGUACCUGCUUCAGCACAAACUGCUGGAGACAUUGUGCACGCUGGGAAAAGCACAGUAUCCUCCGGGAAUGAGCCAGCAGGUCCUGCUGUUUUUCUCCAAACUCCUGGCGCAGAUCCAGAAGCCCAUGCUGCAUGUGAUUAACGUGUAUCGACCUGUACAGAAGCUGAUUCGUCUGUGUGGACUCCCUGACAUGCAAACAGAGCGUGAGGAGUCGAUGUUUCUCUUUUCCGUUUGCUCUCGUGUGAAGAAAGACCCGUACGUCCUGAACUACAUCCUAGGGACUAUUGAAGAAGGCCGUCCUCGGAGGUGCAGCUCUCUGUCAGAGGGAGGUGCAGAAGGAGCCAGUGGAGGAUCCAGUCCGGAGAAUCCGGCUUCUCCUCCUGCACAGAGCUCAAACCAGCCCGAUACGGGUUUGAUCCAGAUCCUUGUGCAGCUUGGGAAAUGCCAGAAAAACAGGGUCGUCCUGCGGGCGAUGGAGAGCAUGCUGCUCCUCACCAGCAUUCCUCAGGAGGACACAGCCAAACUUCUGGCAGAGCAGACUCCACUGUGUGACCUCCUGGCUCAGAGAGUGUGCGAGCUCUACGGCGCCAUCCCUACCACACUCCACCCUGAGGACAUACACAGCUACACCAUCAAACAGUGGAGGACUCUGUUGUCCCCGGUCACUGUAGAGGAGACCCAGUCUUUUCCCCCACAGGAGCACAUGGACAGGUUCUUCUGCUGGUUCGACUACUGCGACACACUCAUUAAAGACGCACCAGAGGUGCUUGCUGUUAAACUUGCCAAAGCUCUUCACCAGCAGUGGCUUAUUGGAAUCAUUCAGCCUCAGCUGCUACAGAUGUCAGAGGUUGGCAUUCUGGUCCACACAGCUCUCCUGUCACGCUGCGUCCAUCACACACAGUCCGCCGUCCUGCUGCACGAGCUGGUGCACUUCCUGCUGGGUGCCGACACACCCCGGGAGCACCCGAGCGACACGCCCCCGCACACACACAUGCUGCGCUACCAUCUCAUCAAACACUGCGAUCACAUCUCAGACGAGAUCAGCGUCACUACAUUACGGCUGUUCGAGGAGCUCCUGAAGAAGCCCGACGGACACAUCCUGACCAACCUGGUGCUGCGAAACCUGGAGACCCGCUCCUACAGGUUGCCGGGGUCAGGGGGCAGCGGCGGUGACGAGAGACCUGGGGCUGAUCCUGAUUUCCUGGAAGAGUCAGGAGAAAUGGAGGAAGAUCCUUUCUUCACAGAUAAUGAGUUCAGUGGUCCGGAGCGUUUGCUCUCCUUGUCCAGGGAAGAGAGGAAAUCCAGCACACACACCGAGAUAGCUGAAACUGUCAACAGCUUCCUGUGUUUAGUUCCCCAAGAGGCAAAAACGUCCCAGCAUGUGCAGGGAGCGGGAUAUGACACGUACGUCCACGAUGCUUUAAAAUCGCUGAAAGAGUGUUCCACCAUGUCUGCGGACUGGGGUUGGCCCAACGUCCCAAAACCCACGGAAGUCCACUCUGAUGAUGCAGACUUCUAUGAAGGACACUUCCUCAAAGUGCUCCUGGACAGGAUGGCACGCAUACUGGAGCAGCCGUACGAGCUGAACCUACAGGUGACGUCAGUGCUGUCUCGGCUGGCCGUGUUUCCUCACCCUCAUCUUCACGAGUACCUGCUGGACCCCUACAUCAACCUGAGCCCUGGCACUCGCUCGCUCUUCUCUACACUCGUCCGAGUGAUCGGCGAGUUGAUGCAGAGGAUCCAGAACAUCUCGAACUUCACCCAGAGACUCGUGGCGGUUAGGAAACAGCUCAUGGGCCUCGAGGAGGAGACCGUGGUGGAUCAUGGCGCCCUGCUGAAGGGCGUAAUCGUUCUGGAGGAGUUCUGUAAGGAGCUGGCUGCCAUCGCCUUCGUCAAACUGCCCGUGGGCGAUCAGGAGCAUCUCUCGGCCCCGUAAAAACAAACCUCAUGGCUGAAACUCCAGCUGCUUCAGAGUUCAUGCGUGUUUGCACAGAGGAACGUGGGACUGUCGCUGCAGGGUACAAUACACUGGCGUGGGUCACUUUCAACACGCACGCUACCCAUCCCUCACUCCUGGUCCCAUGGUUGGAGUUGGCGGCUCUUCACCAGCCUUUGGAAGACCGCGAGACGUGCGGUGCCUUUAAGACUGUCACAGAUUUCACUGAAUGGAUGACGUUGAUUUACGAAUUUCAGGUUCUGUAGGAAUAAGAAUGUUUAGAGUGAUAAAGUCGACUCUUCCCACAGUCACUACUCUAACAGCUGAGGAAAUCGGCUCCAAAAUCAUUUUCCCAUCCAUCCAAAUGUGAUGACGAUACAGUGGCCUUAUUUAGUAUUUAUAUUGUGUAUUUUUACACACAGAACACAUGACAGAACAAUUAUUUUUAGUCAUUUAUUUUUAAACCGAAGUUGUAGUUGUUCCGUUUUAAUAAAAUACAUCAAUGCACAUUUUUAUUCCAAGAAAUGUAACUGCAUAGUGGAGAGAACGCGUUCUGCUGAACCAAAUGUCCAGGGUGUGGAGCUGGACCUGAUCCAACUCCUCCUUAUAAAACUAACCCAAGGGACAACACAAAACCACACACAAUAAUCCAGCAUGAAGCAUCUGGAUCAGGUCUAGCUCCGCCCCCUGGACUUUUGACGUUAUUCUGCCCAGGUAAAAUUUGCUACAUCAGGUCUAGCUCCACCCCCAUGACGUUUGACACGUUCCUGCCCAGGUAAAAAUUGCUGCAUCAGGUCUAGCUCCAACCCCUGUACUUUUACCAUGAUUCUGCCGAGGUAAAAUAAGCUGGAUCAGGUCUAGCUCCACCCCCUGGGCUUUUUAUUUGAUUCUGCCUGGGUAAAAUUUAUUAGAUCAGGUCUAGCUCCACUCUUUGUACUUUAAAUUUAGGGUAGAAGGAGCUAGAUCAGAUCUGACUCCACCCCCUGAAUUUAUGUACAUGCAUCUACCCAGGUAGGUGGAGCUUGAUUAGAUCUAACUCCACCCCUGCACUAUUUAUUCCAGUCUGCUCAGGCAAUAUGAUCUAGGUCCGGUCUGACACUCUUUCCUGGAUGUUCUCAAUCCUCUUAAUCCUACCUAGGUAGGAGGAACUGAAUCAGGUCAAACCCUACCCCCUAGAUUUUUGACCCAAAUCUCUCAAACUAGAAGGAGUUAAAUCACAUCUUUAACAGCUUUAACCCCUGGAUGAUUGACUGAAGUCUGCCUUGGUAGGAGGGGCUGAAUCAGGUUUAAUCCCACCCCCUGGACUUUUAACUCUCGGAAAUAAUUUGCUGAAUCAGGUCUAACUUCACCCACUGCACAUUAGCUCCAAGACCGUUCCGGUCAACAGAAAUCAGAUCCAACUCUAAAUCCCUGGAGGUUAUUUUUUUUGUUGUUCUUGUUGUAGUUAACCUGGAAUAAAGCCAUACUCUAAUGCGGUAGAGAAGAUCACCUUCAUCUGCACAAGUCCUGAAAUAGAUAACAGAUCCUCUUAAUCAGCUACCACAUAAACA